AUGGAUGCUUCCACGGUAGCUUCCUUUUGGGGGCAACAAACUUCCUACUUGAAUUUCUGUGAAGAGGAUUAUGUAGUAACACGAUUCGUGGCGGAGUUUAUAAACACAUUCAGUAGCUUCGUCUUCAUGGUUUAUGGAAUCUACGGUCUCAGACAACUUUCUCAAAAGCAGCAGUCCGGUGGCUUGCGAUCGGUUUCGUAUUGGGGAUUGAUUGGAGUCGGCGUCUGUUCGGCUGGCUACCAUAUGACCCUCAAAUAUCACACACAGAUGUACGAAAAAGCGGAUGAAUUGUCGAUGCAUCUUCUCACCACACCCCUUUUAUAUCGCAUUCUUAUCUUCCAGGCUAGUCCACAACGGACUAAGAUAACCGGAAUCAUUCUUGGUACCCUUUUCACUAUCGUGAUGGUGGUUCAUAUGGUCAUGGAUGAGUUCAUUCUUCAUGCUGUGACCUUUGGCUUAGCUGUGUACUUGAUCGCGGCGCGAACCCUGAAGAUUAUCCCUCAACAAGUGCCAGAUCCUUCAAUUAGGAGAAGUAUCCGCAACAUCGCAUUUUUUGGUUGCUUCUGCUUCGGGUUUGGAUACUUUGUGUGGCUGAUCGACGUUUGGGCCUGUGGAGUUUUGAUCAAAUUUCGACAUGUGGUUGGUCUACCCUUCGCAUUUCUAACUGAGCUGCAUGGUUGGUGGCAUGUUUUCACGGCCAUUGGCGGCUAUGUGGCGGUUGCAAUUGUGGACCUUGUUACUACUGGCAAAGUCCAUGAAGACCCCACGAAAGACCUCGCCUGGCCCAUUGGUCCCGCAGCACGAGCUAUAGAAUCUCUAAAGACAUCCAAGAAACAGGAUUAA